AUGGUUUGCGAUACCAUUGUUUAUCAUCCCACGAUCACAAGGCUUCUCAAGUUCUUGGAUACAACUGUUGGUAGAGAGAAAGUCCUCCGGCUACUGCAGUAUCUAUGUAGGUUUAUAGCUAUCCGUCAGCAUUCCAGUGUUGCUAAGCAAUUACAAGUACAGUUCGUGAUGAUGAGAAAAGUCUUGAGGUUUUUUAAGCCACUAAGCCAUGUACAAGCAGCCUCUAGAGCAUUUGAUAAUAAAUUAGCUAGUGACAACGUGUUGAGGAUUGGUAGCAUUAUAAAGGAUUUGUCAAUGGCAGGAUACUUAACAUUAGAUCAAAUUAAUUUAUUGCGAAUCUUUAAAUUAGUCCCUGUCAAUAACUUAACUGGUAAGAAAAUUCCUCGUUGGACAAAUUGGCUUUGGUUAUUUGGUUUAAUCAGUGGGAUUGUUUUGGAUUUGAGAAAAGCCAAUAUCUCGAACAAAAAGAUUGAAAUUUUAGAGAAAGAGGCUCUAUUGAUUAAAACUUCUGGUGAGGAAGGGACUAAAGAAAAAAAUGAGGAGUCAAUUAUUCAAAAUAAGAAAUUAUUGGUGAAAUCAAAAUUAGAAAGAAAGGCAGCUAUUAGAAAAUUGGUUUGGGAUGCUUUAGAUUCAUAUAUUGUCUUAAAUAACCUACAAUAUUUGAAAUCGGGUGAUGACCGCACUGGUUUGGCUGGUAUGGUGACAUCUGUAAUGGCUAUUCAAGAUUUAUGGUAA